CAACUGAUUCUAUAAUCUCAUUGGAAUUGAGCAGUGCCAAAGCAUAAACCUAAGCUACCCAAAUAAAGAAAGUAGCAAGAUGUUCUUCUUCUUCUUCUCAACUUUUACUUUGUUUUUUUGCUACUUAUCCCUACCCUCACCUGGCAGAGCGCUCUCUUCUCAAAUCGCGAUUGCCCCUUUCUCCUCCAUCUCAAGUCUAUAAUAACUAUGAAAGAGCAAGAAGAUAUAGGAAUCAGUGAAAAUUUCCGGCUAUUUUCGCGCAAAACAAUCUCGCAUAAACCAAAACCCACCACUGCCGUUCCUCCAGCCGAUGACCAAAACCCCAAGCUACUGGAUAAGGAGACGGAUCCCUACCCAACUCCCGACCACAUCCCCUUUUCCGAUCUAGGCCUAGCCGAAUGGGUCGUCCAGACCUGCAAGGAGCUCGGCAUGAAGAAACCAACGCCCGUUCAACGCCACUGCAUUCCCAGAAUCCUUACUGGUCAAGACGUAUUGGGAAUUGCACAAACCGGUACUGGGAAAACGGCCGCCUUUGCCCUUCCUCUACUUCAUCUCCUCGCACAAGAUCCCUUCGGAGUGUUUGCCCUUGUUAUUACUCCCACACGAGAGUUGGCUUACCAGCUCGCCGAGCAGUUUCGCGCCCUCGGUUCCUGCUUGAACUUGAGAUGUGUGGAAGUGGUCGGGGGAAUGGAUGCUAUCAAUCAGGCCAAGACUCUAAUGCAAAGACCCCAUGUGGUUAUUGCAACCCCUGGAAGAAUCAAGACUCUUCUCCAACAGACUCCUGACAUUCCUUGCAUCUUCUCAAAAACCAAGUUCCUUGUUCUUGAUGAAGCUGAUAGAGUUUUAGACGUCGGCUUUGAAGAGGACCUGAAAGUAAUAUUUCAGUGUUUGCCGAAGAACCGCCAAACACUUCUAUUUUCUGCAACAAUGACGGGUGAAUUGCAGACUUUACUUGAGCUCUCUGCAAAUAGGGCAUAUUUCUAUGAGGCGUAUGAGGGAUUCAAUACUGUUGAGUCCCUUGCACAGAAGUAUUUAUUAACUCCAUCAAACAUCAAGGAGGUUUCUCUAUAUUGUGUUUUGUCUAAAAUGGAAGAUAUGGGCAUUCGAUCUGCCAUCGUAUUUGUUUCUACCUGCAGGACAUGUCAUUAUUUAAGUUUGUUAUUGGAAGAACUUGAUUUGGAAGCUGCUGCAUUGCACUCAUUCAUUCCUCAGUCACGGAGACUCUCUGCGCUUCAAAGAUUCAAAUCACGAAAGGUCCCUAUCCUACUUGCAACUGAUGUUGCCAGCCGUGGUUUAGACAUUCCAACAGUUGAUCUGGUGAUAAAUUAUGAUCUUCCAAGAUAUCCACGUGAUUAUGUUCAUCGUGUUGGUCGAACUGCAAGAGCAGGUAGAGGUGGGCUUGCUGCUAGUAUAGUUACAGAGUACGAUGUCAAACUAGUUCAUGAGAUAGAAGCUGUCCUUGGUAAACAGUUGGAGGAAUUUCAAUGCAAGGAGAAAGAUUCUAAUGAUAACAUCACAAAGGUUUUCAAGGCUAGACGCGUGGCAACAAUGAAGAUGACAGAUGAUGGCUUUGAGGAGAAAGCAAAAUCUAGAAAAACUCAAAAGCUUAAGAUGCUAGAAGAGAAAGAUUUGGUAAAAAACAAGAGGCGAAAAGGAGAAAGAACUGGUGUUUAUUUGACCGGAGAAGAAUGAAUAGCUUAAGCUUGUAUGAGCAUGUAGAAGCAAGAUCCAAAUGUACUAUUUGCUCAAAUCCUAAACUUUAGGCUAAUGGAUAAAUGGAAUGGCGAUAUCUUAUUCCUGAUCGUAUUUGUUAGAAAAAAUGGCACGGAUAUUAGCCAUGGACUUUUAAAAGACAAAUAUAUUGAUGUUUCUACUUUUUCCAAUA